AUGACUACACCUAAUUAUAUUAUAAGAGUUUAUGUUAUUCAAGCCAGAAAUCUUGCCAUUAAAGAUAAAAAUGGCUUUUCGGAUCCUUAUAUUACUGUGAAUAUUGGUGAUGAAUCAUUUAAUACUCAUGUUAUGUAUAAAAAUUUGAAUCCUAUUUGGAAUGCGUCAUUUGAGUAUAAGGUUAAUCCUGCACAUCCACCAUCCGAAAUUCAUUUCACAUGUUGGGAUAGAGACCUUUUUGGACGGGAUUAUAUGGGGGAGAUAUCUAUUCCAUUGGAUAAAUUUUGUGAAGGAGGUCACAUUGGCUUUACUGACCCAUCUAAUACGCGUCAUUGGUAUCCAUUGCUUUCUAUGCGUAAAAAAGAAAAUGUAUCUGGAGAAGUCUUAAUCAAGGUUGGAUUUGUUGAUAAUGAUAAUGAAUUCUUAGAUCCCAGAGAAUGGGUCUCAAUUUGGAAGCAAAUGCAUAAUUUAAAAGUCAAUGAAUCUUCAAACCCUUCAUCUAAUGCUACAUCUACUGUGGGGGAAGUGAAAGUUAAACCCGAAAGACAAUAUAGUUAUUCGCAAGCAAAUGACGUCAUCGGUUUAACUUUUCUUGAAAUUGUAGGUGCAAAAGAUCUUCCUGCUGUAAAGAAUGUGACCGGCUUCGAUUUUGAUAUGGAUCCUUUUGUUGUUGUUUCAUUUUCCAAACAUACAUUUCGUACACCUGUAAUUAAUCAUAAUUUAAAUCCAGUAUGGAAUGAAAAGUUGCACUUUCCAGUGAAAAGAAAUGAGUUAGAAAGCUUUGUAAUUAAAUUCAGUGUUUAUGAUUGGGAUAAAUUUUCUAAUAAUGAUUAUGUAGCUUAUCAAACUAUUCCAAUCAAGCGGUUGUAUGACUUUGCACAAAAAAAUGCACAAGAACAUAAUAAUAUAAAAGCGCAAAACAUUGGAGAUGGAAUGGAGGAAGAAGAAAUUUCUCUAGAGCUUCUUGACAAACAAUGGGUCGAUAAACAUAAACCAAAACUUAGUGUUCGCUUAAAAUAUGUACCUUACGAACAAUUAAGAAUUCAAUUUUGGCAUACUUUAGUAAAGUUUUAUGAUUCAGAUGAAAAUGGAGUAAUGAAUUUCGUGGAAGUUGAAACUAUGUUAAAUAGUUUAGGAUCUUCAUUGACAAAUAAAACGAUAUCAAGUUUUUUUACACGUUUUAAUAAAGAUCCAGAAAGAGGAGAAUUAGAAUUUUCGGAGCUUACUAAUUGCUUGGAAGAUUGGUUAAGUGAUGCCUCUAGACGUAGUUCUGAUAGUUUUGGAGAAGAAUCCGAAAAUGAACAUUUAAUCUUUAUGAAAGAAUGUCCAAUUUGUCAUAGACCGGACCUCACACAUUUAAGUGAAGCGGAUAUUGUAACUCAUGUGGCCAUUUGUGCAAGCAAUGAUUGGACUGAAGUUAAUAAAAUUGUCACGGGAGAUUUUAUUACUGAAUCGCAAGCACAAAGAAAAUGGUUAGCUAAAGUUAUCACAAAAGUUGGUUAUGGUAGUUUUAGAAUUGGUGCUAAUAAUGCAGUUAUUCUUUCAAAAAAUCGUUUAACUGGACUAGUAGAGGAAGAAAAAAUGGCAGCUUAUGUCCGUUUGGGUAUUCGCCUCUUGUAUAGGGAUAAACAAAGAGUUGAAUCUAAAACCACAAAAAAUCUCUUGAAAAAACUUACCGACCAACAAGGCAAAAAAUUUGAUAAGCCAACAUCAGCAGAAGAGAUUAGACCUUUUAUUGAAUUCCAUGGGUUAAAUACAGAAGAAAUCCUUGAACCAAUUGAAUCAUUCAAAAACUUUAAUGAAUUCUUUUAUCGUAAGUUGAAGCCAGAAGCCAGGACAUGUGAUUCACCAAACGAUCCACACGUUUUAGUUAGUCCGGCAGAUUGUCGUAUGAUGGCUUUUCCUACAAUAGAUAAAGCUACAGAAGUUUGGAUUAAAGGAGAAACCUUUACAAUUUCCAGACUACUCGGUAAUGAAGCAAUGAGUAAAGAAUUUGAAGGUGGUAGUUUAGGGAUUUUCCGAUUAGCACCACAGGAUUAUCAUAGAUUCCACAUUCCAGUAGAAGGUACAUUAAGUGAACCGCAUGAAAUCUCAGGGGAUUACUAUACAGUCAAUCCAAUGGCAAUUCGUUCACAUCUUGACGUAUAUUGUUUAAAUAAACGCGCCGUGUCAUACAUUGAUUCACCCCAAUUUGGCAAAGUUGCAUAUGUAGCAAUCGGUGCUAUGAUGGUCGGUUCAAUUGUACUCACGAGCAAACCCAAAACAACUGUAAAAAGAGUUGAAGAACAUGGUUAUUUUGCUUUCGGUGGAAGUACUAUAGUACUUUUAUUCCAAAAAGGAAGAAUGCUGUUUGAUGAAGAUAUCUUGGUUAAUUCUAAAGAACCUUUAGAAACAUUGGUUAAGGUUGGAAUGCAUGUCGGAAGAGCUACAAUUCAUUAUAAAUAA